CAAACGGGAACAGGAAAUUCAAAUAUCGUGAGUGUUCUGUUCUUUUUCUGUGUCCGAAGUACACAGGUUGGGACAAACAGUUCAAAUUGACAAAUGUCUUCGGACCAGCUCUGCACACCAUAUGUAAGCCCAGGUCUCUUAAAAGUCACUUAAAAGUGCAGUCGUACGUUUUCAACGAAUCCUUCAAGCCUUAUCAAAAACAGGAAUUUGUGUCAUCAUUUUUCAAAGAUGAAAAUGUUGUGAGUACUCUUCUCAAUUUUACAACUGACUGGAAUCCUAUAGGCUCUGCAGCCAGCACGGUAGAGGUGGAGGCGGUGUCUUGCUCCGUCGUGUCCAUGACGGCGUUCGAGCCCUUGACGGACCCGCGCAACGGCGUGGUCUCCCCCGGCGGCAGGAUCGUGGGCUGCCCCCAAGUCGUGGUCGACGGCUUCCUCGUGGCCGACCACCUCAGAGAGGUGCUGCUGGACCCAGAAAGUGAGAGAUACCACAUCAUCCCAGACACUCUCCGCCAAGAGUUCAUCUUCAGGAUCUUCCAGUUCCUGUGUCUGGGAGGCCAGUGGUGUCAGUACGAGGACGACAUCCAGCCCUACCUGGACACCACCAAGAUGCUCUACAAGGACCUUGUCAGGGUGCGUAAGGACGCCGCCACGGACGAGGUUUGCGUGACGUCCGUGGUGCUGCGCGUGGCGGCCAAGGACUCCAGGGGGCUGGCCUUCUACCCCAGGAACCCGGGGCACGUGCAGAACUUCGCGUACCUCGUGGUGGACCCCGUGCGACGGCGCGUCACCGCCUUCCACCACCAGUUCGAGGGGCCCUUCCACUCCUGAGUGCCCUUUUCCCUGUGGCGCGAUAGUUGUUGCCUUUGUAAGUUUUGAGACGAUCAGUUGGAAGGGUCGAAUAAAUAUGACAUCUUA